AACCUUUCAACAGUUUAGUUCCGUCAGUCGCGAUUGAGAUCUCAGUAGUGCCAACCUAAAUCAAUAUGAAAUACUUUGCCGUUUUCGCCCUGCUCUGCUGCCUUUUGGGAACCGCUUUGGCGGCCCUCAAAAAUCCCGUAUGUGGAGAGGAGUUCGGUAAAAUUGGAACCUGCAAGGCGCUGCAGGGCAAGUGGACCUAUCGCCGAGACACGAACGAGUGCAUCAGUUUCCAGUAUUCCGGCUGCAAGGGAAAUAACAAUCUGUUCGAGAGCAGGGCCAAAUGCGAGCAGACCUGCAAAAAUUAAAUACCUAUUUACCCAUAAAUAAAUAAAAUUAGAACUCCGGUUUUGUUAUCCUAAUGUGA